CGGCGGCCGGCAGCGGGGCCGGGCCCGGGAGUGCGCAGCAGACGGGCCGGACAGAGGCCGGGCGGGCCCUCGAGGGGGAGGCCUGGACGCCAUCUCUGCCGGCGAACCCCGGGGCCCACCGACCUCCCAGCAACACCUCCCUUCCCCAGGGCAGCUGACCGCCGCCGGCCCCUUCUCAGAGUGAAAUCAUGAAGGUAGUGAACUUGAAGCAAGCCAUUUUGCAAGCCUGGAAGGAGCGAUGGAGUGACUACCAGUGGGCAAUCAACAUGAAGAAAUUCUUCCCCAAAGGAGCCACCUGGGACAUUCUCAACCUAGCAGAAGCACUACUGGAGCAGGCCAUGAUUGGACCUUCCCCCAAUCCUCUCAUCCUGUCCUACCUGAAGUAUGCAAUUAGUUCCCAGAUGGUGUCCUACUCCUCUGUCCUCACAGCAAUCAGUAAGUUUGAUGACUUUUCCCGGGACUUGUGUGUCCAGGCUUUGCUGGAUAUCAUGGACAUGUUUUGUGACCGACUGAGCUGUCAUGGCAAAGCCGAGGAGUGCAUCGGGCUGUGCCGGGCCCUUCUCAGCGCCCUCCACUGGCUGCUGCGCUGUACUGCAGCCUCUGCCGAGCGGCUCCGGGAGGGGCUGGAGGCCGGCGCUCCAGCUCCAGCGGCCGGGGAGAAGCAGCUUGCCAUGUGUCUGCUGCGCCUGGAGAAGACCCUCAGCAGCACCAAGAACCGGGCCCUGCUCCACAUCGCCAAACUAGAGGAGGCCUCAUUGCAUACAUCCCAGGGACUUGGGCAGGGUGGCACCCGAGCCAAUCAACCAACAGCCUCCUGGACUGCCAUUGAGCAUUCUCUCUUGAAGCUUGGGGAGAUCCUGGCCAGUCUCAGCAACCCCCAGCUCCGGAGCCAGGCUGAGCAGUGUGGCACGCUCAUUAGGAGCAUCCCCACAAUGCUGGCUGUGCACUCGGAGCAGCUGCAUAAGACUGGCUACCCCACGGUCCAUGCGGUGGUCCUGCUCGAGGGCACCAUGAACUUGACAGGCGAGACACAGCCCCUGGUGGAACAGUUGAUGAUGGUGAAGCGUAUGCAGCAUAUUCCCACCCCACUUUUUGUCCUGGAGAUCUGGAAAGCUUGCUUUGUGGGGCUCAUCGAGUCUCCCGAGGGUACAGAGGAGCUCAAGUGGACAGCUUUCACCUUCCUCAAGAUCCCACAGGUUUUGGUGAAGUUAAAGAAAUACUGUCACGGAGACAAGGACUUUACCGAGGACGUCAGCUGUGCUUUUGAGUUCCUGCUGAAGCUCACACCCUUGCUGGACAAAGCUGACCAGCGCUGCAACUGUGACUGUACAAAAUUCCUACUCCAAGAAUGUAGCAAGCAGGGGCUUCUGUCUGAAGCCAGUGUGACCAACCUCAUGGCCAAGCGCGCGGCAGACCGGGAGCAUGCACCCCAGCUGAAAUCAGGAGAAAAUGCCAACAUCCAGCCCAAUCCUGGGCUGAUCCUCCGGGCGGAGCCCACUGUCACGAAUAUCCUUAAGACGAUGGAUGCAGACCACUCCAAGUCCCCAGAGGGCCUGCUAGGAGUCCUGGGCCACAUGCUGUCCGGGAAGAGUCUGGAUCUGCUGCUGGCUGCCGCUGCUGCCACGGGGAAGCUUAAAUCCUUCGCCCGGAAAUUCAUCAAUUUGAAUGAAUUUACCACACACGGCAAUGAAGAACUCGCCAAAGCAGCCUCCGUUCGCGCCUUGCUCUUCGACAUCUCCUUCCUCAUGUUGUGCCAUGUGGCCCAGACCUAUGGUUCAGAGGUGAUUCUGUCCGAGUCAAGCACAGGAGCACAGGUGCCCUUUUUUGAAACGUGGAUGCAGACUUGCAUGCCCGAGGAGGGCAAAAUCCUGAACCCUGACCACCCCUGCUUCUGGCCUGACUCCACCAAAGUGGAGUCCUUGGUGGCCUUGCUCAACAACUCCUCGGAGAUGAAGCUGGUGCAGAUGAAGUGGCACGAAGCCUGUCUCAGCAUUUCAGCGGCCAUCUUGGAGAUCCUCAAUGCCUGGGAGAAUGGGGUACUGGCCUUCGAGUCCAUCCAGAAAAUCACAGAUAACAUCAAGGGGAAGGUAUGCAGUCUGGCAGUAUGUGCUGUGGCUUGGCUCGUGGCCCAUGUGCGGAUGCUGGGGCUGGACGAGCGUGAGAAGUCGCUGCAGAUGAUCCGCCAGCUGGCGGGGCCGCUGUAUAGUGAGAACACUCUGCAGUUCUACAACGAGAGGGUGGUGAUCAUGAGCUCGAUCCUGGAGCACAUGUGCGCUGACGUGCUGCAACAGACAGCCACCCAGAUCAAGUUCCCGUCCACGGGUGUGGACACAAUGCCCUACUGGAACCUGCUGCCCCCCAAGCGGCCCAUCAAGGAGGUGCUGACGGACAUAUUCGCCAAGGUGCUGGAGAAGGGCUGGGUGGACAGCCGCUCCAUCCACAUCUUUGACACCCUGCUGCACAUGGGAGGCGUCUACUGGUUCUGCAACAACCUGAUUAAGGAGCUGUUGAAGGAGACGCGGAAGGAGCACACGCUGCGGGCGGUGGAGCUCCUCUACUCCAUCUUCUGUUUGGACAUGCAGCAGGUGACCCUGGUCCUGCUGGGCCACAUCCUGCCGGGGCUGCUCACCGAUUCCUCCAAGUGGCACAGCCUCAUGGACCCCCCCGGCACCGCUCUUGCCAAGCUAGCCGUCUGGUGUGCCCUGAGUUCCUAUUCCUCCCAUAAGGGACAGGCGUCCUCCCGUCAAAAGAAGAGACACCGUGAAGACAUUGAGGAUUAUAUCAGUCUCUUCCCCUUGGAUGACAUGCAGCCCUCAAAGCUGAUGCGACUGCUGAGCUCCAAUGAGGAAGACGCCAACAUCCUUUCGAGUCCCACCGACCGCUCCAUGAGCAGCUCCCUGUCAGCCUCCCAGCUGCACACGGUUAACAUGAGAGACCCGCUGAACCGAGUCCUGGCCUCACGUCUUCUCAGACGCUGCUCACAGAGUGCUCCCUCUCCCCCCGUUCCGCACAGCCAACCUGUUCCUGCUCAUCUCCUCCAUCCUGGGGUCGCGGACGGCCGGCCCGCACACUCAGUUUGUGCAGUGGUUCAUGGAGGAGUGUGUGGACUGCCUGGAGCAAGGCAGCCGGGGCAGCAUCCUGCAGUUCAUGCCCUUUACCACCGUAUCAGAACUGGUGAAGGUGUCAGCCAUGUCCAGCCCCAAGGUGGUUCUGGCCAUCACGGACCUCAGCCUGUCCCUGGGCCGCCAGGUGGCUGCCAAGGCCAUUGCUGCGCUCUGACGGGCUUGGGGUGGCCGCAGGGGCCGUCUGGGGGACCACAGCCCCAGGUGCCUCAGAAGAGAACAGUGAGGAAAGAUGAGACAUCAUUGCUCAUAUCCACAUGAUGUAAGAGCCCUAUGUCAUUUCUGGAUCAUUCCCUUAUCCUGACAUCUGACCUCUAAGACGUCUCCCAGUUUCUUUCAUAAUUUCCUCUGCCCACAGCCAGCGCCUAAAGAGUGCGCGCAGCCUGGCUCUUAGCCCAGGGCCCUCAGCACCCCAUACCCCUGCCUUGCCCGCCUCCCCCUUCCAACAGUAGAUGUAGCUCUGGGAACUUUGCAGGUGCAGAGUAUGUAUAUUUAUAUUUUUGUAACACAUGAGGGAAGUUCCCCUCAGCUCAUUUGUAAAUAAAGAUCUUUGUGGGUCCCUG